CACAUGGAACCAUGGAAUCUUACAGGAGUUUCAGAAUUUAUUCUUCUGGGGUUUUCAAAGGAACCAGAAUUACAGACACUCAUAUUUGUGAUUUUCCUCUCCAUGUACCUGAUCACUGUGUUUGGAAAUCUGCUCAUCAUCCUGGCCACUGUCCAUGACUCCCACCUCCACACACCCAUGUACUUCGUCCUCUCCAACCUGUCCUUCGCAGAUAUCUGUUUUACCACCACUACCGUCCCCAAGAUGCUGGUGAACAUCCAGACACAGAGCAAAGUCAUAACCUAUGCAGGUUGCAUCACCCAGAUGUACUUUUUCCUAUUCUUUUCAGGGUUGGACAUCUAUCUUUUGACCGUGAUGGCCUAUGACAGGUUUGUGGCCAUCUGCCAUCCCCUGCAUUACAUGGUUAUUAUGAACCCCCGACUGUGUGGACUCCUGCUUCUGGUGACCUGGAUUAUAAGUGUCUUGCAUUCAUUGUUACAAAGCCUAAUGGUGUUGCGGCUGUCCUUCUGCAAAGACGUGGAAAUCCCCCACUUUUUCUGUGAACUCAAUCAGAUGGUCCAACUUGCCUGCUGUGACACCUUUCUUAACAACAUGGUGAUGUAUUUUGCACCUGUGCUGCUGGCUGGCGGUCCCCUGGCUGCUAUCCUUUUCUCAUAUUCGAAGAUCGUUUCCUCCAUACGUGGGAUCUCAUCAGCUCAGGGGAAGCAAGCAGCGUUUUCCACCUGCGUGUCUCACCUCUCAAUUGUCUCUUUAUUUUUUUGUACAAGCCUAGGGGUGUACCUUAGCUCAGCUGCUACCCACAGAUCACACUCAAGUGCAAAAGCUUCAGUGAUGUAUGCCGUGGUCACGCCCAUGAUGAACCCCUUCAUCUACAGUCUGAGGAAUAAAGACAUAAAGGGGGCUCUGAAAAGAUUCCUGGGGGUGGCAGUUAUAAAAGGGACAGUGGUCACAGGGCUGAAGAGUUGCCUAUGA